GGGACCUCUAAGCCGGCCCACUAUCAUGUCCUCUAUGACGACAGCAACUGGAGUUCCGAUGAUCUCCAAGCUGUUACCUAUUGCCUUUGCCACGCCUACCAGCGUUGUUCUCGCAGUGUCUCCUAUCCGGCACCCACCUAUUACGCGCACCUAGCCGCGUUCCGUGCGCGCGAUUGGUUAAAGGACUGUGAACGGCGUGAAAAUCUUUUCGUGGAUGGGAAGAAGUUCAAAGUUACCUGCAGCCAAUUUAGCGGAGUGCUAGAAGUACUGUUGCUAUAUCUGUCCAAUCCGCAAGUAAGAGUUGAUGCUGAUUUGCGUCAGCGCGAAGGCUCAUGUCCGGUCUACGUCAAUUCCGAGUUAUACGUGUUCGUGGACGAAGCACGUCAUGGCUGGCCUUGUCCCCCGCAACCCCACCUCUAUCAGAUUUUACAAAUUUUGGACUACGAGGACUAG